GCCAACCCAACUGGAAGAUCUGGUUCCAUACCCCGUCAACGCGACAGUUUACUCACCAUGACGCUCCCGCUGACCGACUCUGAAGACGGUCAUGUUGCCAUCCACCUUCCUCACACUGCCGCGCUGGGCUUUUGCAGCGACGUCCCUGAUGCUAUUGAUGACAGCAAAAACUCCUUCCCACUCAAGCUCACUAUCGCACUCCAGCCAAAGACGUUGCCUGUCAGAGAUGAGAUCGCUGUCGAUUUCUGCAAGCAAGUGCGCAAACAUGGCAAUAUGUCAUCGCCAACAACGAAGCAAUCAACAUCAGUCCUCGAAACGAACUCAUCACUACACACAAGCACUCCUCCGUUGGACCUCGAAGAAACAACCUCAUCUCAAUCAACGAAAUCAAAGCCAAUAUCAACCGUAGUGGUAACCACAUAUAAGCCCUCGUCAACCGCGUCAAUCACGGCCCACACGGCUUUCAGCCUGCCAGAUUCGCUAGCUACCCACCCCAGUGAAACAGUUGAUCCGGGCCACACGAGCAAGCAGCACCCGUGGAUGGAAGCCGUCAACAGCGCGCUGUCAACCGCUGCACCAGUGAUGCGUUCGAGCGUAGAACAUGUGCCCACUGCCGUAGCAACCUCCGUUGCAAGUAGACUGCACUCUUCUUUCCUUCUCCGACGCUUGACGCCCCAUCACUGGAGUCAUGCGAAGCGGCAUCAAGCACCGCCAGGAAAUGCCACUACGAACAGCAGCGAGGAACCCCCAGGCAGCCUUUCCUUCUGCGGAGCUAAGCUACCUGCAAGCAGUGCUAGUAGCCACGUGGGCUCCGACGAGGCAGUCGAAUCGGAGCAGAGCAGGCAGUGGUGCGUGGGGCAAAAGUACGAUCCGCGCAUCAGGAGGGUCAUGAUUGCGGGAUGGGUGAUGGGUGGGUUGAUGGUGUUGCAGGCGGCGAGGGAUUUUGCGAGGAACACCCGGGGUGUAUGA